AUGUCAUUUCUCUUCGGCCGGGCUAGGACAAGGCCCGCUAUCGACCUACCCAAGCAAGCCAGAGACCACGUAACGAAGCUCGAAGGGCCGAAUGGCGUCGCCAAGGCCGAAGAGCUCGCCAAGGUACUGAACCAGAUGAAGUUUAUCCUACAAGGAACCCACGAGUCCGACAGCAGCCCGGAACAGAUAUACCAGCUCGUCACUGGCUUGAUUGAAGAAGACCUACUAUACUUGCUGGCUGUCAAUCUCUGGCGUCUGCCCUUCGAGUCGAGGAAAGAUACCCAAGUAAUUUUCUCCUACGUUUUCCGCUUCCGCCCGCCCACAGCAUCCCCGAAAAGCGAUCCUCUAGCUCUGUCCUACGUCGUCAACAACCGUCCCCAAGUCCUCCUGGAGCUGUGCCGUGGCUACGAACACAAGGAGAGUGCAACGCCCGCCGGCUCUGUACUUCGAGAGGUCCUCAAGUCGGAGGCUGCCGCCGCCAUCAUUCUCUAUGACGACAACGAGGAAUCGGGAUCCAGCAAUAAGGGCAUCAACUUGAUUGACAGAGACCGUCAACAGAGCGGCGAGGGCGUCUUUUGGAGGUUUUUUGACUGGGUCGACAAGAGCUCCUUUGAAGUGGCAGCGGAUGCCUUCACCACAUUCAGGGAACUCCUCACAAAACACAAGGAGCUGGUGCCGAGAUACCUCUCAGUGAACUUUGACCUAUUCUUCGACAAGUACAACAAUAUCCUCGUGCAGUCCAACAGCUAUGUUACCAAGCGACAGUCCAUCAAGCUUUUGGGUGAAAUCUUGCUGGAUCGUUCAAACUAUAGCGUUAUGACCGCUUAUGUUGACCGUGGUGAGCAUCUUAAGAUUUGCAUGAACCUCCUGAGAGACGAUCGCAAAAUGGUGCAGUAUGAGGGCUUUCAUGUCUUCAAGGUCUUUGUAGCCAACCCCCAUAAGUCCAUUGCGGUCCAGAAGAUCUUGCUCAUGAACCGGGAAAAAUUGCUCACUUUCCUAUCUCACUUUUUGGAAGACAGGACCGAUGACGAGCAAUUCAUUGACGAAAGGGAGUUCUUGAUUAAGCAGAUCAGGAAUAUGCCAUCGAAUCCAGUGCCGCCUCAGAGGCAUGGCAUACCGGGUGGUGGCUAA